AGUUCCACCGAAUUUGAAACUACAGUAUUUCUGUUUCAUCAUGAAGAGUCUCUCCGCUUCAAAAAAUUAUAUGCAGAUUUUAGGAGUUUGUUUGUUCUUAUUUGCACAGACGGCGUGGAGUAACACAUUUAAAGAAUGUGUUGAAGUGAUAGACAAUCUGGAAAUAAGUCAAUACCAGGAGCAAUGUUUUUGCUACAAUUUAAAGACGGCAUUAGGAUGGAAGGACUUCUGGUCAACAUUCCAGGUGAAUGUGCAAAGCCAGGAUGAUGUCUACAUUGUUUUUCCUGUGGAAGAUAACAGUUGUAAAGACCCAGGGACAUUCAUACUUUUUGUUCAGUGUGUUUUAAGAUUGUAUUGGCCUUUUCCAAAUGCACCAAAUGAACUAAACUUAACUAUUGCACAUAUUGAUGAGGAAGUCUGCUUUGGAGUAAAAUCAAUCAAGUCCUCUGUUAAGUACUCAGUGCGCGUAACCAGAAAAAAACAUGAUCUGUAUCGUUUUUCCCUGUUUGUGAUCGGAAUAUUGCUGCUCUUUUCUGCACGCAGAUUAUGCAGGAACACUGUGUUUUAUUACACUUUAGGUAUUUCUCUGGGUGUUUUCUCCAUGUUCAUUCUUACUUUGUUUGUACUUAAAAGGUUCAUACCAAAGAAAAAGACUUUUCUGUUUAUGCUCAGUGGAUAUUCUUAUCUAUCCUACAUGGUGGUCCAGCAGGUCGUGAAUCACUGGGAUGAAAUAAAGACAGAUUACUGGAGAUACGCAGUUGGUUACCUGUUAUUUUCUGGACUUCUCGGCUUUGCUGUCUGCUAUAAGCGUGGACCAAUAACAAAUAAACAAAGCUUAACCCUCCUAACCUGGGCACUGCAGAGCAUCGCGCUGUUCUUAGUGUACUGUGGGAUUACAUACCCUCCUGCUGCAUAUGGAGUCAUCACCAUCUUAGUUGCUUUAAAAGCUCUGACAUUUGCAAGGUUUUUGAUUUGCAGAAUAAUUAGAGGAAUAUUUCAAAUUCUGAAAAGCAGCUUCAAGGCAAAGGAACUAGAAAUCAGACUGCUUAGUGAAGAAGAAUACAUAAAACAGGGUGACACUGAGACCAGAGCAUCCUUGCAGGAGCUGCGUGAAAACUGUUUGAGGCCAGAAUUCCCUGCAUGGGAAGUGGUGUCAAGACUCCGCUCUCCUAAGAGGUUGGCUGAGUUUAUACGAGGGGGUUCCCAUGUGACUGAUGAAGAGAUCCUUGAGCACGACAAACAGUACAGUUUGGGCGGCACCUACUUUGAAGACUGGAUCUUUUCCACUAGAGGCGAGGAGCAGGGUGGUCAAGACUGGCCAAACCCACUACAAUUCCAAGAGGAUGUUGAUGAGGUAGACCUGGAGUAUUACGAACCCACCGAACAGCGCAGUUUAGUACCAGUACCAGUACCAGUACCAGUACCAGAUAUAGAUUUAUUUUAAAGUCAUAAAGGGGUUUAUCUGAAUGAUCUCUUAUAUCACUAAAUAAAAUACAAAUGUGUAGAAUAAAGAUAAACACGGAUGUAGAUGAUCAGAAUAGACCUUCUUCUUCUUCUUUUUCACAGCCUUAGUCCCAGACUGUCCUGGGGUCAGCUGCUUUGGUUGCUCUUCUCC